GAGUGCUCACGCUCACACUUUUUCUUCUUCUGUAAUCUGCACUUUCCUCGAAGAGCUGUUUGCGGAUGCCAACAGUUUUGACAAAUCUACCAGCAGCAAUAGAUUAGAAUUAGAAUUUAGAAAUUUGGAGGCCUACUGCUAAUGAAGUAUAUAAACAAAAAAAAGAAAAGAAAAGAAGGGGAAAGAAUUUUUUAGAAGCAGUACCAGACAUUUAUAUAAUUUUCAGUAGGACAAGAGAAAAAAAGAGAGAGAGGGGGGGAGAUUUGAGACGUCGACGACGACGACGACGACGACGAUGACGAAUUCUGAUCACGAAGGCCCCCGCGAGCUGUCGAAGCUCCAGAAGCAGCGCGCUCUCUACCAGCCCGAGCUCCCUCCCUGUCUCCAGGGGACUACAGUGAGGGUAGAGUAUGGGGAUUCGACGACAACCGCCGAUUCAUCUAGCGCGCAUGUUAUCGCCCGAGCGUUCCCCCACACUUUCGGGCAGCCGUUAGCUCAUUUUCUGAGGGCAACAUCGAAAGUCCCCGACGCGCAUAUCAUUGAGGACCAUCCACCUAUCAGGGUUGGGGUCGUAUUUUCCGGAAGACAAUCACCAGGAGGUCAUAACGUCAUUUGGGGUCUUUACGAUGCUCUAAAAAUUCACAAUCCUGACAGUACUUUGCUGGGAUUUGUCGGUGGUACGGAAGGCUUAUUUGCACAGAAAACCCUGAAAAUCACAGAUGAAGUUCUUUCUACGUACAAAAACCAAGGUGGUUUCGAUAUGCUUGGUCGGAGUGUGGAUCAAAUAAGAACAACUAAGCAAGUGAAUGUUGCAAUGUCGGCAUGCCAAGAUCUGAAGUUGGAUGGUCUUGUCAUUAUUGGAGGAACAACUUCCAACACAGAUGCCGCUCAGCUUGCAGAGACAUUCACCGAAUUAAAAUGCCCAACAAAGGUGGUUGGUGUUCCUGUCACUCUAAACGGAGAUCUCAAGAAUCAGUUUUUGGAGACAAAUGUUGGAUUUGACACAGUAUGCAGGGUCAACUCGCAGCUCGUCAGCAAUGUUUGCCUAGAUGCCAUCUCAGCUGGCAAGUACUAUCACUUCAUACGGUUGAUGGGUCGCAAAGCAUCACAUGUGGCUUUGGAGUGUGCACUCCAAUCACACCCAAACAUGCUCCUCCUAGGUGAGGUGGUGGCAUUGUCGAAACUGACUAUUUUAGACAUUACAAAGCAGAUUUGUGAUGUAGUCCAAGCUAGAGCGAAGAAAGACAAGUACUAUGGUGUCAUUCUUAUUCCUGAGGGACUUGUUGAAAGUAUUCCGGAACUGUAUGCGCUCUUGCAGGAAAUUCAUAGUCUCCAGAAUGAAGGUGUUUCCACAGAUGAUAUUUCGUCUCAUCUUUCGCCUUGGGCAUCUGCGUUGUUCGAAUUUUUGCCAUCAUUCAUCAGAAAGGAGCUGCUUCUCCAGCCAGAGUCUGACAACACUGCACAGUUGUCCCAGAUUGAGACAGAGAAACUUCUAGCCACUUUGGUCGAAGCAGAAAUGGACAGGCGAAUGAAACAAGGGACAUACAAGGGGAAAAAGUUUAAUGCUGUAUGCCACUUUUUUGGCUAUCAAGCUCGGGGAUCCCUACCAUCGAAAUUUGAUUGUGAUUAUGCCUAUGUUCUCGGACAUAUCUGCUGUCAUAUACUCGCAGCUGGUUUGAACGGAUAUAUGGCAACUGUAACAAACCUGAAGCACCCAGUUUACAACUGGAGAUGUGGCGCUGCUCCACUCACGGCAAUGAUGACUGUGAGGAAAUACUCACGUGGGCCUGGAGCCAUUCCUAUUUGCAAGCCCGCUAUCCAUCCUGCUGUCGUCGACCUCAAAGGAAAAGGAUACGAGUUGUUGAGAGAAAAGGCUUCAAGUUUUCUGAUGGAUGAUUUGUACAGAAACCCAGGACCCCUUCAAUUUGAAGGACCCGGUGUUGAUGCCAAACCCUUUACAUUAUCUGUCGAAGAUCUAGAUUACAUGGGCAGAAUAAAGUUGCUCCAGGAAUAUCUUGAUAAGGUGAGAAGCAUCGUGAAGCCCGGGUGCUCACAGGAUAUUCUGAAAGCCGCUCUGAGUUCCAUGGUCUCUGUGACCGACGUGCUAUCAGUAAUGUCCGCCCCUUCUUUGAACGGCCAGCUGCCUCUCUGACCACAAUCAUUGUUGCCACUCGCAUUUAUAAUCGCUGUCGUCAUCGUCAUCGUCAUCUUUACUGCCGUAUCAUUCUUCCAGUUGAAAGCUUUUCGCAACCCUUUUAUUUUAUUAUAUUGGAAAUGUUAUCUACAACACCAGAUGCUUCAUUCAGGCAUCUGCUUAAUGUCACUGAUCAUAUAUAGUCCUCUGACACUUCCUGUGAUUCUUAAUCUCAGGAUUGAGUUGGUUAAUUGCUAUAUAGUAACUACAUGUGUGAAGUGUUUGAGAUUCCGACGACUGUAAAGUAAGAGGAUGAAAAAUAAUUGGCAUUGUGUAUAUGCUGCAAUCUUUUCGAGAGUUAUAAAAGAGUAAGUGCUCUGUUAUUUGCACAAUGUGUCAUUUAGCUUUUUCAUGUUAUCAUAUUAUGUAAUCAGAGGGGAUUGCGGACCUAUCUUAAUUGAAAACUUGGUAUGGAUAUAUAUUGCU